CUUGGGCUACGGAGUAGUUUGUCACAAUUAAGCAUCCUUGCUAAGGCUGUCAAAAUUCCGUUUCACUGAAUCCACUAGCCUUGUGAAAUGUAUAUAAGCAAGGCAAUUGACCGCAUUUCACUAAUCAAUCAGAUCAGUUAAGAUAUCUAGCACCUGUUCAAACAAAAUACAUUCAAUAUGAAGGCUGUCAUUGUCUCUGCCCUUGUUGGGUUGGCUUCCGCUGCCCCCUCGGCACUUGCUGGUGUUAACUACAACCAAUGGUGGGAUGCGGGUUGCAACGGCCGAGCCCUCCUAGGAGGCUCACUGACCCAGGGAUUUUGCACCAUUGUUGAGAGUUUCCCUGGCGCAAGCAUCAAGCUUACGCCGACAAACCCAUGCCCAGAAGGCACCUCGCCACAGGUUACUAUUUCCACCACGAACGACUGCGACAAUGAUCAGCCUGACUGGACGUUUAUCGCGACCGACGAAUGUGUUAACGUCACCAUUCAGCCAUCGGCAAUCCACCUCAACUGUGUGUAGUUGGAAAUAGUGGAAGCCUGAAGUGAUGAUAAGACAUAUGGCGUUGAAAAAUGAGUGUUGGAAGUUUGUGAUUUGUUCUUGUUAUAUAGGCCAUGAAAGAAUAAAAUGCAGUCCAACAAUUUGAUUUGUGUGUUAUAAUGU